CGGGAGGAUGAGACACGCCACCAAGUGGGCGGAGACAUGAUCAUUCUUGCAAAACAACGAUUUCGCUUUCCCCGAGUUGCCACGGGAGCGAGCGGUUGGGCCAACAAACCAACGGAGAGAACCCAAUCGACACAUAUCGCCGAACUUGCUCGACGAGGUGCUUCCUUCCAAGGAACGCGCUUUCCGAAACCAGUUCCCUUUCACAAUACGAACACUGCAAGAUCGGCCACAACCUCGACCAAGCAUGCGAAGCCACCCGACCAUGGUUGCCCUUGAUGCGCAAAACGCCGAUCCGAAGGGAGCCGAUGAGCUGGUGGCCGCGGCAGAACGGAACGCUCUCCACGCCGUGCCAGGGACCGCGAAGCGUCCCGGUGGCACGAGCAGCCGCCGCGACGAACAGUCCGCUGCCGGUACCAGCGGUGCUUCCCAGAACGACAGCGGCGGCGAUGCCCCGAGCCCGGUGAGCGGUUGUUCCGACGACGGCGAAGCGGGUCUUGUUCUCGCCUUUUCCUCUCUGGUGGAAGGAUCCGAUUUCGGCGCUGGCGACGGGGACGAUGCGAGAGACGAUGGCACGCACCCGAGGAAGACCAGCGGCAAAGCCGAGCUUCACAGCCACCAGAAUGCCGAUGGAUUCAAACGACAGAGGCUUCCGAUGAUUAGCUCGAACGAAACUACCCCGAUCCCGACCGGUACCCCGAGCGCCAAGAAAAUUCUGCCCCCAAGGAGAGACGGCAUUAGGUAUGCACAGCUGUUCUUUGACCCGGAAACGAAAACACUCGUGACCUUGAUGGAAGUGGCCAGCAACUCGGUUCCCUGUGCUUGCGGUACCCACGAUGCGAGGAGCCACCACUGGUACAUGCGGCAACAGAAGGGCUACCGUCGGAGGGGCACACCGCUCCACCGAUCCUCGUUGUUGCCGCCAAAGGAUUGCGGCGGUGGCUCUGCCGCAACACGAGGCCGAAUCCAGAACGACGGAGACGAGGCACGGAUCAGUCACCCCCCGUGCCCGGACACGACACUCCCAACCGAAUGCUCGUCCAUGUCCUCGGAGGCGAGCGACAUCGACGAGGAGGACCGGGGGUUCCGGGGUUGGGGGCCCGGCCGCGUCCUUUCGCGCGCGGUUGAGCCAACCCGGUAUCCGGGCGAGCCCAUCGUGUUUUCGAACGACGAACGCACGGACCGAGAACUUUCCUGGUCCGAAGAACCAGAGAUCGAUCUGUACCUGCUGCGGGAUUGCGACGAUGCCUGGGACUACGGUGCCACCAGGGAUUCUCGUUGCACCGAUUCGCUGAAGAAGCUCCUUUCGGCCUCCCGGUCGUGCAUCUCGCUUCCGCAAAUCGGAGAAUCCAGGUGGAGGGCAUCGGCCGGCAGCAACGGUGCCGAAUGUUUCCACAACAGCAACCACCACAAGACCGAAGGAGAACGGCCGUUCUAUUUGGCACUGAACGAAUAGACCUUUACAGAUCGUUUUUGCAUCGGAUCACGACCGUGGAAAAAGCCAGCGCAGAAAAAUACAAUAGUCCGGCACCUAAGAUGAUAGAUUGCGCGAGUCUUGCAAUAAUGUGCUGUAUUGUAUUCUGUAGUUUCGUUAGGUCUAGGUUUGAAAGGGUGUGGGCAAAGCUUCGCUCGGCACGAAUCACGAUUGGGCUCCGUCCACCCAGGAAGGGGGAACAAACGAGUCGUGAAUGAUUUCGCGGUGGCACGACCACACCAUCUGAAUGGCUUCGGGCGACCCGAUGCCGCAUCCUCUCGGGUCUCCCGCGGGUCCGAACCAAUGGUUCUGUGGUGCUCCCUGAAAAAGAAACAAAUGCAAAGGAUCGAUCGUGAGCGAAGCGGGGUUGGGGACGGGCACGCGUUGCACGCGAGAGAGGCGGUUCCCCUUGCGUAGGUGCGCAGACGCCCGGUCCGUGAGAAGACGGCCGCGUCCAAACUCCUCGGAGACCUACCGUAGUCCUGGCGCGUCGACCCGCGUACGUGGUACCGUUUACGGUGUGAGCCAAGACCUUGGACUGGAAGGCGGGAUCGUUCGAAACGCAAGCUGCCGUCAAGUGGUGGCUCAUCCGCUCGAGUGCUUCCAGCACAUCGUCCAGGGUAUCGUCGUUGUAGUACGUAAUGACCUGGAAGGGAGCAAAGAUCUCGCUGGCGCAAUUGUCGAAAUUUUCUUCCUUGAUCAUUUCCUCGAGGGGAACAAAGACGGCAGUGGGUUCUACCGCGCCGUAUAUUUCGGGAAUCCGAUGGCCCUCGAGCUCGGCACCUCCCCACAAUACCUUCGCACCGGGAAUACUCGCCAGUGUUUUGGUAUGGUUCAGAAUUUGGUCCGUGGUAACGGUCAGAACAGGGCCUAUCGUAAAGUCGUUGAGUUUGCGGUUCGCUGCCCUGGCACGCAUCUUGUUCAACAGGCCCGUUUCCUUCCAGUUUUCGUGAACGAAACAGAUCGACUGAGCCGAGCACUUUUGUCCGAUGGAUGCAUAGGCAUCCUGGUCGCACUGCCAAGCCACGUAAUCUACGUCGCCCACGUCGGGUCCAAGGAUCUUCCAAUCGAACCCGGCAUCCUCUAUUUUUACCUUGCCGUUGGUAGCCUUCAGCAAGAUGUCUGCCACACGGGAGCUUCCGGUAAAUUGUGUCAAGCGCACCGGUGUCUCUACGAUAAGCUCUUGUGCCACGAUACCCCUGCCAUUUAAAAAAUCGACGUCGCUGGAAUCCAUCCCGCAAUCAAUCAAAAGCCGAAGAAACUGUUCCAUGACAAAGGAAACCUGCUCGGAUGGUUUCAACACCGGUUUGUUCCCCAUGAAUAGAGACCCCAUGAGCUG